AUUACCAUGGUGAUGUAAACAGACAUUCUUUGUGGGAGACAAAGGACAUGUGAGACCGCAACAAACGCCAUGCCCAGCAGCAGAGACGGGGGACAACCUUGUUAAAGCUGCUGCCUAUUCAAACACCAAGAACAAGCCUAGUCUCUACGACAACAGGAUACAAACACAUGGGAAGUCGUCUCUCUGCCAGACGUUUACACUUAAAGGUUUCUUUGGUGACACAUUUGCAGAGAAUGCAUGAUGAUCUCACAAAUCAAAUAGGAGAGGAAUGUCCACACAAUGCCUACACAAUCAACAAAAUCCAGAAAGUCAAGGUCACAUAGUGGCAAGCCUGUCAAAAAGGCUGAGAGGAGGAGGAGGUCAUCCAAGAAGAGAUCAGUCAGUGCCAAAGCCACCAAGUCAGAAGUGGACAUUCUCAGUCCAGCAGCCAUGCAGAAUGUUUACUACAUUUCCCACAAUGCAGUUGACUGUCUGGCGUUCCGAGGCUUUGGAUGGCCUGAGUCAACUAAAAAGAAAACAGCAGGAAUGAAGGGCAAGAAAACAAAAAACAAAAAGUGAUUCUACCACAAACCUUGCCAAGACCAAAGCAAACAUUGUCAGUUUAGUACAGCUCUAUUCAAUCCGCAUGGUGGAAAUCCAGCUUUCCAGCAUGAUAUAAAUGUUAAGGCAAUGUUCCCGAUCAGUGGAGGCUGCUGAAGGGAGGACGGCUCAUAAUAAUGGCCGGAAUGGACUGGCUUCACGUUUGAUUUCAUUCCAUUAACUCCAUUCCAACCCUAAGCAACUCCACUAUUCCCGAUUUAUCAGACUGCAUUCAUGCUAAACGCUGCUUAUGUUGGCUAAAUCGGAAAUGACCUUUACAUUUCUAUGGCAGAAUCCGUAACAGAUUUAAUAGAGCCCUAAUUAUAAUGUAUAUUUUAGUUUAUCUAGUCUGUUGAAAUAAAAAAUAGAACUCUGGUUA